AGCAAAACACCAGCCGCCGGCGAACGUUUAGCCAUCGUAGUGAUCAUCUGUAGCUGUGCGCGGCGGGCGGCGGCCGGGCAUUGAGGGGAGGGGCGCGUGUGCCGGUGUGGGGUCGAUGCAUGGCAUGUGUUAACAUGUACAACCCGGAGCAGCAUCACCACCACCAGUCGUCGUUCAUGGCGCCGAGGAUAUCGUUCUCGAGCGACUUCGCGCUCGAGCCGCCGCCGCAGCAGCCGGCGCGGGCGCCGGGGGACGCCGACUUCGAGUUCUCCGUCGGCAGCCACCCGAUGAUGGCCGCCGACCAGCUGAUAUCCAAGGGCCGCCUCGUGCCGCUCCGGGAGACCCCGCACGGCCACGGCCACGGCGGAGGCGCCGACGCCGGAGGCCGACCGCUGACGCUCCGCGACGAGCUGCGCGCGGACAGCCGCCAUGGCCGCGUCCCCCGCGCGCCCAACAUACGGUGGAAGGAGUUCCUCGGCCUCAAGAAGGCGCCCAAGAAGCCCCCCGCCGACGCUGCCGCCGGCACGUCGUCGUCGUCGGCCGACACCCAGAUGGAUCUUGGAGGCCAGGGGAGCUCGAGAGACUGAAGCAACAAAACGCAGUGAAGUGUAUUAGUACGUUGUAGUGAAACUGAAGACUGAAGUAGCCAUGGAUCGGACGGUGGCGAUGAGCCUUUUUCAUCAGCUAGCUUGUUCAUCAUCCCUAUUGCUGAUGAUCUAGCUAGCAGGUCAUUCGAAUGAAGAGACUCUGCAUGUGCAGGGCAAAUGCGCAUUUCCUUUUACCUCAUUGCUGCACUAUUUUUUGGGUGUAAAAGGGAAUUUUGAUCUCUAGUUUUUGGUUGGGUAUUUGGGUAUGGUAGAUGCAUGGGUGGGUUUGCAAUGUAGUCAAAUUAACUCCGCUGCUGCGCCUCUGAUGUUUUGUAUUGGAAAGGGCCAGUAAAAUGUAUUUUUCCCACAUGGUGUGGUCCUUUGCUCUUGUACGUGUUGUUUAGCUGUUCCCAUGCUUGUCUGCUUCCGCCACCACCACCCCCAUCUCUCUACAUCACUUCCAUUCCCUAUGUACAAAAAUGCUUGUAAUCUAGCCAGUCCUGGCAAUGCAAGCUUUCAGUUCAAUGA